AAACCAGAAUACCACUGGCUUCACAAGCCACUGGUUUGGCACAAACUUUUGUUUCCCCAACUUUGGUACCAUUAGGAGGCUUCCCUAUAUAUAUAUAAGAGCAACCCUAUGUCACUUCAUCAAUCAAAAUACAUAGUUAUUCAUCACUUGUUCAGUUUUUUGGGAGAGGAACUAAUACAUACAUACACACACUAUGAGUAGCUCAGCUAAAAAUUGGAUUGUGGCCGCUAGUGUUGGAGUUGUGGAGGCUAUGAAGGACCAAGGAGUGUGCAGGUGGAACUAUGCUCUUAGAAAUGUUCAACAACAUGUGAAGAGCCAUGUUAGAUCGUUUUCACAGCCAAAGCAGCAGUUUUCUUCUUCUUCUUCUUCUGCUGCUAUGAUCUCCACUACUACAGUACUCAAGAGGUCCCAGAAAGCUAACCAAUCAGAGGAAUCAUUAAGAACAGUCAUGUACUUAUCUUGUUGGGGUCCUAACUAAAUAUUAGUAAUGAGAUCCACUUGGGACAAUAAAGCAAUUUUUCAUCUUUGAUGCUACUAGCUAGGCCAUGAAAAGUUAUGGCUUAAUUAGAAUGAGAUUUCUGUCUCUGCUUGCUGUAUCAAGCUUUGUACAAAUUGAUUAUUAUUGUAUAGUCUAUGAAAUGAAAUGGUGUUACAUGAUUGCUACAAUGAUUUGCAGUUUCAUAUAAUCUGAUUUCCUAAAAUUUCUGUUCA